GAGAGAAAGUGAGAAAGAGAGAGAGAGAGAGAGAGAGAGAGAGAGAGAGAGAGAGAGAGAGAACGUGAGAAAGAGAGAGUGAGAGAGGAGGAGGAGGAGGAGGAAGGAGAGAACGAGCCUUUCCGCAGUUGUCUUGUAUCUUGUGGUGUUUGUGAUUCACAGGAAGGUAAAAGGUGGUGUUUAAACACUCAGCAGUUACACCGAGCCUCAUCAGGGCGAUUAAUUGUCCGCAGGCUGGACGUUUGGAUGAACAAAGCGUGUUCGAUGAGUGAUGACUGGACGUGUCCUGAGCUGCUGCGUGUCCUUGUUGUGGUGUUGUGAGAAGAGGAAUGCCUCUGAGAGAAUCUGCCUUCCCUAAUGGCUUCGUCGAGGCUCUUCACGCCCUGGGAUGGGGCCUCGUCUUCCCCUGCUUCUGGUUCCUGGACCGACUCAUCGCCGUGUGUGUGUCCACGACACCGGAGCGCAGGCGGAGACUACAGGAAGAGUGCUACCUCCACCCUCUCAAGGUCUUUCUUGGCUUCUUGCUCUUUUUCUUCUUGUUUAUGAUCUCGGCACCGUUUGCUUUGCUGGGUUUCCUGUUGUGGGCGCCGCUCCAGUGCGCUCGUCGUCCCUUCUCUUAUAUGCGGCGGGAGGCGACAAUAAAGCUGCAGGACCGUAACGCUGGAUGGGAGGAGUCUGGAAAGGUGACGUUUGGGUUUUUAAGUGCUAAUCUGUGCCUCCUACCUGGGGGACUGGCACGUUUUAAUAACCUGGCUCACACGCAGCAGAGGGCACUCGCCAUCGGGCGCAACAUCGUGCAGGGCGUCAGCCGGCCGCAUAUCCGCAUUUUCAUCGACUCACCCAGUAGCUGCGGAGCCUUGAGCCCGUCGUCCAGCCUCCUAAACUCAGGCUCUGCCUCCUACGGCACCACUAACGCUCAGACACAGCCAGCGACAUUAGAGCAGGACGGAGACGUUCCUACAAAUUUACCGUCAGAAGAACAGGCCGUGAAUGAUGAUAAAGAAAUGCUCCAAAAGUCCACAGAUGGCGCCGUGCCAAGCAAUCACACGCACGAACUCCAGGUGAACGGAGGCCACGUGAAGCCUUUACGAGCGUUACACACGCCUCUGGAGGUGUCAGCUCUGUUUCCAGCCGAUGUGGACAUCCUGUGCCUGCAGGAAGUCUUUGAUAAGAGGGCAGCGGCCAAGUUGGCAGAGAUUUUGUCUCCGCUCUUUGGUCACAUCCUGUAUGAUGUGGGCGUGUACGCCUGCAGCUCCGGCUCCUGCUUUAAGUUCUUCAACAGCGGCUUGUUGGUGGCCAGUCGCUACCCGGUGAUGGAGGCGCAGUACCGCUGCUUCCCCAAUGGACGAGGAGAGGACGCUCUCGCUGCUAAGGGCCUGCUGUCUCUGAAGGUACAAACAGGGCUACAGACAGGAGAGAAGAACAUGGUGGGGUUUUUUAACUGCACUCAUCUUCACGCUCCACAAGGAGAAGGAGACGUUCGGUGUGAGCAGAUGGACAUGAUCACCAAGUGGAUGGAGGAGUUCCAGAGCACAAGCAGGCAGCAGGACGAGGUGGUGGUGUUCGACGUCCUCUGUGGAGACUUCAAUUUCGACAACUGCUCUCCGGAUGACGAUCUGGAGCAGAAACACACUCUGUUUAAUGACUACAUGGAUCCCUGCAGAGCCGCAGCAGGACGAGAGAAACCGUGGGCUAUAGGGACUCUGUUACAGCAGCCUACGUUGUACGAUGAGGAAGUGAACACUCCAGAUAACCUGCAGAGGACUCUGGAAAAUGAAGAGGUGCGUAAACUGUACCUGGCGCCCCCUGUACCCCGGGGCGACACCCCUCUUGUGUACCCUGAACCCGGGGAGGCCUGGGUGGGCCGCCGCAUCGACUACCUCCUCUACAGAGAGAGCACACUGACGGACUGCUGGCAUACGGAAGUUGAGGAGUUUACGUACGUGACCCAGCUGGCUACUUUAACAGAUCACAUCCCUGUCGGCCUGAGACUCGGUGUCACGCUCGACUCCUCAGGCUCUUAAGCUGAGGCAUGUCACACUCUCACACGCUCACACAUGCUCACACACACUCACACACACUCGCACACACUCACACACACUCACACACACUCACACACACACACUCACCCACACACACACUCACACACUCACACGCUCACACACACUCUCACACGCUCACACAUGCUCACACACGCUCACACACACUCGCACACACUCACACACACACACUCACCCACACACACACUCACACACACUCACACACACUCACACACACUCGCACACACUCACACACACUCACACACACUCACACACACACACUCACCCACACACACACUCACACACACUCUCACACGCUCACACAUGCUCACACACACUCACACACACUUACACACACUCACACACACACACACACCCACACACACACUCACUCACACACACACACACACACACACACACUCACGCACACACACUCACACACAUUCACACACUCACUCACACACACUCACACACACACACUGCUUCGGAACUGCUGCUGUUUCAGUUUAGAGUAAUAAAUUGUUUUAUAUAUAAGUAGCUAAAUUGUAAUGUAUGUCAGAUUAUCAGGUGAGAGAGCUGUCAGUUCUGUCCGUUAUAAUGUUAUAAAGACACUUUCAUGGUUUGGGGUUAAAUAUUAAUUGAAUGAAAUGAAAUGAAGUUCAAAUUUUGCACUCAUGCAGCAUGGAUUGUAUUAAAGACAUUAAAUAACAUUAAAUAAAUGAAAGACAUUAAAUAAAUGAAAGACGUGACUCCUGCAUGGUUUAGAGGCACUGAGAGCGCCGACUUCACCGGCAAUAAAACACAACUUUUUGUAACCUUUUUUGUUUGUUUGGGUUUUUUUCAUGCACACAGAUGAUUGAUGAACUAUUUUAAUAAAAAUGUGACACUUUUCAAA